UUGAGACGAAUUUGUAGUGUUUUAUAUGAACCUAUCAUAGAAUGACUGUGAGAGAACGAUCGGAAGGACCAACGCGUCACGAAUAUUCACGGGCGGUUUUUACCGGGAACUUUGCCAUCUUGCAAGAAUUCUUGCUAGAAAAGGAAAGUUUUUUUUGGAGCGUGCUCCGUUUGGUUGACUUUUUACUAAGAGGCUUCAGUCAAGUUGCGUUUGCAAAUAAUCCAAUUAGUGGGCUAUUGAUAACGAUUUCUUUAGCAGUUAGUUCCCCAGGCACGUUACUCUUCUCAGCGGCUACCGGCCUUUUAGGUCUUCUUUUAUCUGUGUUGAUACAGGAAUCGCAAGAUAUUAUCGCAAAUGGGUUAACGGUGUUCAACCCACUGUUAGUCGGUGCUGUGUCCUAUAGUUUAGUACCAAACAUCUAUGGACCAUUUGACAGUUUCAGUAUACUUUUGAUUACUUUGACGACGAUACUCAGUGUUUACCUGGCCCGGUCUCUAAGAAACAAUAAGUUACCAUCCACAGCGUGGCCGUUUAAUCUGGUUGAAUUUGCGUUGCUCUUUGUCCUGUAUACCAAAGACAAUGGACUUGAUACGAUGGAGAAACUGCAUCCAGUUACGACAAUGGACAAUGCAACAAGUGAUGCGACGACAGGCAAUGUCAGUUUCAUCGGAGAAAAUGCAACGGGGGUCCACAUUGACUGGGGAAUGAUGUUUCAUGGCGUCAUGGUAUCAGCGUCGCAGGUGCUCGCAGUUGAAAGCGUUGUUACUGGUUCCAUCGUUUAUCUAGCUGUUCUACUUUUUUCCCCAACAACGGCUGGCUUUGCUUUUUUGGGCUCUCUGCUCGGCUCAUUGACAGGUUUAAUGCUUGGUGUAGAUGUUAACGAAAUAUACACGGGUUUAUGGGGUUUCAAUACUUUUCUAACAGCUGCUGCAUUAGGAGGAACCUUCUUUGCACUUAAUGGACAGACAAUUAUGGCCACAAUUUUAGCCACUGUAUACACAACGAUCGUACAGUAUUCAGUAUUGUUCUUCUUUAAAGGGUUGAAAUUGCCGGUAUUAUCGCUACCGUUUAUCCUGGUGGUUUCUUUGUUUCUGAAAUUAAGAGAAGAUCCAGAAGAUAAAACUUUCCCGCAACCACCAUCCAUUUCUUCCUCGCAGAAACAAUGUCGGGAUUAUCUUGCCAACCAACGGAUGCUUAUUCAGCAAGUAUAUGAUCCUGAAAAUAUAGAAGAUAUUAAAGAUUUAAAACAUAAGGCUACACUCGACGUUUAA